AUGGCCAAGAACGCUCCGUUGUUUGUGAAGAUGGCAGCAGUACUCUCACUUUUCCUGAUGCUCAUUGUAUUGUCAGAAAGCAGAUUCACCCUAAUCGAUGGUGUCCAGAAGGCAAAAUUAGCCCUUGUGUGCAGCCAAGUUGUCGGUGUUGAAGCUGGCGAUGAUUGCACCAUCAUUAGCAAAGAGUUUGGGAUGAGUUUGGCAUCGUUUUUGGCAAUUAACCCCAACAUCAAUUGUGAAUCGGUGUUUGUGGGUCAAUGGGUUUGUAUUGAUGGAAGUGCCUAA